GACCGAACCGAAACAAAACUAAAAAUGGUCAAGUGAGGGAAGCUAACUGUCAAAAAACAGGAUUUGUUUACAUUGUGAAUUGAAACCUUUAGUUUGGUGAACUGGUGAUUGAAUUUAAUGAUUUGCAAUUUCAUAAGUUUUAUUUUUUAUGUUAUACUUUACUCUUAUUGUUACUGUGUAACACGAUUUUUAUUUCAUUACUUCAAAUGUACACCUAACCUCAAACCAGUAAUUUAAAACAAAAUAUCAAGUGAUUAUAUAUUACUUGUGCAUAUAUUAUAUAUUUUAUCUAUUUUAGGUUUAAGCUAUGUCAAACAAUCCCUAUAAUGUUAUCCAAGGAAAGCCUUGUACUGUCCCUGAUUCAAGAAGAAAUCACAAUGAUCUUCAGAUAUCUCAACUAGUGGACAGUGGAAAUCAAAACGUUACUAAUCUACUCAUACAGAAUUCACAAGGUCCAUCUGGGAAUCCUCUUCUUAGCUAUCAAAGUACAUCUUUUAGUGGUUUUUAUGGCAGUCCUGGAUUUAACACAUCAUUGUCUAGUUAUGACAACAAUCUUCAAUGGCUCUCUGACAAUAGAAUACCUAACCAACAUAAUCAGAUAACAGGAUCCUUAAUUCCAGAUAAAAGUAUCAACACUACUAGCCACUCUCUUCCUCCAACAACAUCUCAUUCUUGUUGUGUUAAUAGGUUUGGUAUGCUCGAUUCUCUAGGUAUAUCUUCUCCACUACCAACCGAACAAGUUAGUAAGUCAACAUGUGAUGUACCAAGUUUUCAGAAUAAAACAAACUUAACAAUGAACGUGAUUGAUCCCAUUCAGAGUUGGCUGAAUCUCCAAAUUCCUUCUCAGAUUUCUAGUAACCAACAGUAUUGCAAGUAUAAUGAAAGAUCUGUAACUCAAAACUAUAAUAUUCCACAGAUGAAUCUUCCUUUGAUUGACCAGUCAGAUUUAAAGCAAAAUGAUAUGUGCGUUCAGAGUCCUGAUGUUUGUUUCGAAAAUUUAAAUGCCAACAAUAAACACGUUGACAGCAAUGUGAAUAGUUUGAAACACAACUCAUUUCCUAUGGAAAAUAAAUCAGCUAUGUUACAAGAGAAUAUUGCAACAUUAAAACAACAAGGUUCUUAUCAAACAGGCCUUGUGCCUAAAGAUUGGAAAUCUACAUUCCAAUCUAUGCAGAAUUAUAUAUCUAGCCCUAAUAUGUUCAAUGCUGUCAGUGAAUCCCAAGAAAACAUGAUUUUUGGACAGUAUAAUAUUCCACCAUCAAAGCUUUAUUAUACUCCAUCAGAAAACUACUCAACAUAUGUAAAUAAGAAUAAUGCAUGUAUGUCUCAAACAAAAUCUCAUCCAAAUCACAAUGAAAAUCACACGAUACAAGAACCAUUACUUGACCAGAAUAACAGCAAAGUUUUUACCAGUCCACAAACUCAAAAUAGUGUCAACAACCAAUUUCAUUCCAAACACAACAAAGAACCUAACAAGGUGCAACAAACUCUUGGAAGUAAUGCAAACAAUAGAACAACUUUCAAUAGUACUUUAACAGAUUGUUGCCAAAUUAACAAAUGUUCAGGAAAAGUGAUAAACCAGGUUGAGAGCACAAGAUUUGUUUUGAGGGAUAGUGGACAGGAAAGAAAAAAUAGUAGUGGAAAUGAAAAUUUAUCUUCUUUAAACCCAAAUGAAAAUGAAAAAAAUGGAUUUAAAAAUUCCGAAGCAGUGUCAAGUGAAAGUGACGAAAGCAAUAUAAUCGUUGAAGAAUCGGAUGAUAUUGGUGAGAUUGAAAGUGAGAUUUCCAUUGAAGAAAUAAAGAAGUCAUAUCAAGCUAGUAAAAUUUGUAACAGUGAAGUGUUAUUGCGAUGUUUAAUUUGUAAUACAGUCACAUCAUCAUUGAUGCCUGCCAACCAGUUCAUUCAUUUAAAUGACUCAUUUCCUUUGACAUCAUCAAGAACUCCUGUCCGUACAAAACUAGAGCAAAUCUUGCCAAUGGAUCUGCAACAUUAUAUAAAACUCCACAACAGUUUUAUGUGCCGUCGGUGUUUAAACCUUAUUGAAACUGUGGAAAUACUGGAAGUCAAGUUGAAAACAACCAAGCAGGCGAUUAAUGACAGUUUCCUGAAGACAGUUCAGCAGCUGAUGCCGGAGGUAGAUCAGAUGCUGGAGGAGGGUGUCCAAAUUGUGGUUCAAGUUGAACAUCUCUUGCAAAAUGAAAAAGUUUCUAAAUCUCUUCCUACUGAAGAUAACAACAAGUUGGAAAACUCAAUUGUCGAAAUGGAUCAACAAUCAGUGGAAAAUGAAUACCUCGAUGAUGAAAAAGUAUUAGCAACCAGUGACUGUGAAACUACCAAUGACUAUGAAUGUUCAUACUGCAAUAAGAUUCUAUCUUCACGGAAAACACUUGAUCUUCAUCUCCAGCAGCACACCAAAGAGUUUCGCUAUUAUUGUGAGCGAUGUGGUAAAGGGUUUCCUUUGAAAUCUAACUUGGAAAAACAUUUAAACUGGCACAAUGGAUCAACUCGAGAUGUCCUGAUGCUUUGUGAAAUUUGCGGUGAAAUCUUUACAAGCAAGCAUCAUUUUAACACACAUCAUCAGAAAAACCACUCAGGGAGUUUCAACUUUAACUGUGAAACUUGUGGAAAAGGUUUCACGAGAAAAGUUUCUUUGGAAAUUCACAGUUACAAACAUACUGGCAUUCGACCGUUUAUAUGUGAAUUCUGUGGACACACUUUCACUACUGAACCUAAUCUUAGGAGUCAUAUCAAAGUAUGUACUAAGGACUUUUCACACAAGUGUGAUGUAUGUGGAAUGAUCUUUGUGUUGGAGAGUCAACUAACCAGGCACAAGUUGCAACAUAACGGAGUGUACAAGUUGACAUGUUCAGUGUGCAGCAAGGGCUUCAACAAGCCCUCGGACCUCACCUAUCAUAUGUUUUCACACUCCAGUGAGAGACAGCACAAAUGUCCUGACUGUGAUAAAACCUUCAAAACUGUAGGAAACUUGAAUUACCAUGCUAAAGUUGUUCAUAAGGAAGAACUCUUCAGGUGUGCUGUAUGUGGUAAAAGCUUUUAUCAGAUGUCUCUGCUCUCGGAACACAUGACAACACAUGCUAAUGAACAACCCUAUCACUGCAAGCACUGUGAUAAGAAUUUCGCUCACCAGUCUACCUUCAUUACACACCUCAAAACCCACUCGAGUAAAGUUAAACUGAAAACAUGUCAAGUAUGUGGUAAAUCUAUCAAGACUAGGAUGAGUGUCCAUAUGAGAACACAUACAGGGGAGAAGCCUUAUCAGUGCACUUAUUGUCCACUUGCGUUUUCAGUGGGUAUCACACUAAAAAAACACAUAGAAGCUAAACAUUGUAAAUCGUAACAUAUUUUAUUUAAGUAAAGUUUGUUAUGAAAUCGA